AUGCAUCUCUAUGGCACUCUUCUUUACCUCUUCAUACUCCAGAUUGCAAUCAACCUGUACCGUGAGAACAAGGAGUACGCCCUUCAGGUCUCAAUCCGCUACAACGAGGGAGCCGUCGUCAGAAAUGCGAUGACGAGCAACGUGUGGGACAAGGAAGAGAGAGACGGAAAGCUGACUUUGGACAAGAAGCAAGUCUUCGACAUCACCAUCAUCAACGAGGAGUUCUCCUUCCAAAUCUUCCUCAACAACCAGAGAUUCACCACUUUCGCUCACCGCGGCUCUCCGUCCGACAUCAAGACUCUCGAGAUCGACAGAGACGUCGAAAUCCAGACGGUCACCAUCAACGACGCUCCGGGAGUCUAA